UAAUAGAUUACAUAUUUCAUUAUACUACAUAUAUGCAAUAUGGAGUAUAAAAACGGAUAUUGAUAUAGAAUAUAGAAAAUAAAAUUAUUUUAUUUAGUUGAUCUAUAAACACACACAGGCCACAAUUCAUAUUCAACAAGAUUAAUUUUUAGCUUUUUUUUCUUUAUGGAUUUGUUACCUGAAUGAUCCCUAUCUCAUAUUUACAAACAGAUCUUUUGUUGGAGUUCACUGUUCGUAUGUCUGCUUUUGAUACAGUCAACAAUCCAGUCGAAUAUUGUGAACUGCUUCAAAAAGUAUGAUUCAAGUUAUUUAGUCUCAUCUGUUAAGUUCGGAUAUUAAUAAAAGAUGGAAAUUGUAGCGAUUGCAAGUGCACUUGUUUUCGUAAAAGUAUUAAUAUGUUAUACAUUAUUACAAAAGUGUAAAAUAGCCGAAAAAGUAAAAAAGGAAAUUGUUAAAAUUAGUGAAACAAUGUACAAAGAAAAUGAAAAUAGUAGUCAAAAAAGCAAUAAACAGAAUACAAAAUCGGAUUCUGUUGAAGUAGUUGUAAAAAGGAAUCCACCAAUAAAACCGCCACGUGCGGUUAGGCACGUAAAGCUAAAAUCUAUGGAAAAAUGUAAUAAUUCAAAGAAUAGUUCAGAGGAAACUAUUUUUACGAAUAAUUUUAGAACAUUUUCCAAUGACGAUUAUAUAAGGUCAAAAGAUUAUAAUGAUAGACAUUAUUGCGAUCAAUGUCAUCGGUUGUCGUCUGAAAAAGAAGCUAGAUUCCGAGAAGUAAGACAUUCUAAUGAUGUUUUGCAUACCAGCAAUGAAUUGCAGGAACAAAUACCGUCUUCUGAUAUCGAUAUUGAUUCGUCAAAAUCAGUACCACAGAUCCCAGAACUGACAAAAAUAUUGCAAUUAAGAUUCCUUGUGAUGAAUUCUUCGGAAUCUAGAAAUUCACAAUAUAGACUAAAUGCUCCAACAUUUUUCUUAUUAGCGACAAAAUUAUUAUUAAAAAUAAUGAAACUGAUUUUAUGGAGUUGCCAAAAAAUAUCUACCAGGAAUUAGGAAAAAAUAUUAUUUAUCCAUUAACAUCUACAAAAAUCCAAUCAAAAAAUUCAUUAUUUUACAAAUUACGUAAGUAUCUUACAGCAGCAUUGCGACGAAUUAAAAAUAAAUGUCAAUGAUGAAAAUAGCAUACACAAAUAUCCGUUGUUUGAGAUGAUUGUCCAAAAAUGUACUUAACGUUUAUAACGCGCUAUAAAUAUCAAGAUUAACUUAAUCAAGCGAACGAUUUAGUCAGCGUUCUUUUGAGAAGGGAAAAAAUAAUUUAUUCACUUUUUUGUUAUUAUAUUUAAAAAUAUUAUAAAGCCUAGUAUACGUGUAUAUAAAUAUAAUCAUAAGUAUGUAGUAUCUUAAGAACAAUCAUUUUUAUGCAUUUUUAACGUUAAGUAUGCUUGAAAUCAUUUAAAUAAUAGAUGAAAUAAAAGACAUAAAUUUUAUCAUAAUUUCUAAUUCAUAUAUAUCUUUAUCUUAUUAAUUUUGAAAUCUAUAUACAUUUUUAGUACAUUUAUUGUAUGUCUAAACUUGCUUGUCGUUGCAACUGUUUCUUUAUUUUCAUAACUGUAUUAUAGACUUACUUUGAGACUAAAUACUCUUAAAAGUAAUAAUAUUUUUGUAUAUUAUCAGAAAAUUAAUAUACAGUUAAAAAUUUUUUUUUUGUUGACUUUCUUAUUUAAGUUUUUGUUGUGAGCUCUAAAAGCUUUAAUUAUUAAUCAAAAUUAUAUUGUAUAAUCGCAUCUGU